GCUGAGAGCAGUGCAUUGUGGGAAACUCCCAGUCCCCGCAGCCGCAGCCGCAGCCGCCGCCCGCCCGCCCGCCGCCGCCGCCGGCCCUGGUCCCGCGGAGAGCGCGCAGCGCCGAGGUGGGAUCACCGGGAGCAGCAGCGCCUAGAUAAUGCCCAGGAGUGAGCUGUCCUGAGCCGCUGUGGUCCAGCUACCUGCCUGUUCACGCACACCCCACAAAGCCUGCCAGCACCACCCGCCAUGGAGUCCAGAGGGAAGUCGACCAGCAGCCCCAAGCCCGACACCAAGGCUCCCCAGGCCGCUGCUGAGGCCAGAGCCCCGCCAGCUGUGGAUGGCAAAGCUCCCUCGGCUAAACCUGGGAAGAAGGAGGCUCAGGCAGAGAAGCAGGAGCCUCCAGCGGCCCCCACACCACCGACUGCCAAGAAGACCCCUGCCAAGGCAGACCCUACGCUUCUCAAUAACCACAGCAACCUGAAGCCGGCCCCUGCAGCCCCCAGCAGCCCCGAUGCAACCCCCGAGCCCAAGGGCCCCGGGGACGGCGCUGAGGAGGACGAAGCCCCCAGCGGGGGCUCAGGGGGCCGAGGCCCUUGCCCCUUUGAGAACUUGACCCCGCUCCUGGUGGCUGGGGGUGUGGCUGUGGCAGCCGCAGCCCUAAUUCUUGGUGUGGCCUUCCUGGCCCGGAAAAAAUGAUGGCUGGUGCCCAGGUGGGGGCCCAGCCACUUCCUGUACAGACCUCAGGAAUGUAGUGCAUGCCGAGCUCACACACAGCUAUGUAUACAUACGUACAUACAUGAUAUACAUAUAUAUACGCGUUUACCCCCACAUACACACAGAGGGAGAGAGCUGGACAGGCGAGCAAUGGAAACCAGGCCCCCUCACUGGCCCCCCAGCACUUUCCCUUCCCAAUCUCUGGGGCAGAAGGAGCCCAGGCUCCAGAGUUUACUGAGGAGCACAAGACAGAGCUCCAGCUUGGGGCAGGGGUCUUGGCCGGGGGCAGUGGAAAGAGUGGACUGUGAGUGUGGCCCACCGCCUCUGGGCAGGUGCGUCCACAGCGGACCCACUCAUGUGCGCCAGCUUGUGCCGAGAGGCCCCAGGGCCGGGUAGGGGUCUGGGACGGGCUCUGGCAAGGGCCCAGCCCGUGUGGACACAUUAAAGGGUACGGCUGUUUCACUCUC